CCUGAGCAAAGGGCAGAAUGUGGACACAGGGGGAAGAAGGAAGAAAGCAGGUCCACAAGGAUCUUGUUCAGCACGGCUUCUACAGAGGAAGAUGAUCACGAGUUACCUACUUUCUAUGUUUUGGAAGGAGAUGCCUGCCUUCUUUUUCUUUUUUGGGAUCUUUAUGCCUGUGACUGUAUUCCUCCUGCUGCUAAUUGCCUACUGCUGGAUCAAACUGUUAGAAGUUAACGAGGAACUGGCCAUGGAACAAGACCCCAGAAGCGCUCUCCUGAAUUACCACAGCCAGUGGCAGAAAGCCAGGAGAUCUGGACAAAAAGAGAGCAAACGCAAGAACUGAAAGAUAUUAAGGGAGAUUCACGUAUCAGGAAGAAAGCUUAAACCCAGUACCCAGCUCUGCAGGUUUAAAAAGAAACAGCUGUAGUUAAAUACCACUGAGGAAAACAGAACUGAGAGAAGUCAGUGCUGUGCUAUACAAAGGAAACAGCUGCUGCUAUUCAAAAAGGUCUUGUAACAGUUUUGCUUUCUCAUGAGGUGAAGCAAGAAGUACUUUAUGCAACUCAUCAAACUCCAGAGACCACCUGCAGUGUACUGUAUCAGUUUCCUUACAUGACACAGGAUUCAUGGAGGAAGGGAAUGGGAGGGAAAGUACCUUGCUCACUAACCUUUCACUAGUCUACUGAGAAGAAAGCUACAUAAGCUCCUGAGAGAAGUGAGAAUGCAUAUAUAAAGGAGGCAGUCUUAUUAAAUUGAAGAUGCAUAAAUAGGAAGUUCAUAACACCCACUGACAUCUAUGAAAUUGGGAAGAGUGAUUAAGGGGAACUGACUUGUUUUUAUUAGCUUCUACACUUUCGAAAAGAUCGUAGGUUUUGUAAAGUAUGUUUUCCAUAGAAUUUGGAAGCAAAAUAUAACAGUUCUGGGAAAGAAAAGGAUUUCUACUGAUUGACCAUGCUGAGUUUUGAAACCACAAAAAUAUUCAAACAGUAUUCUUUAGAACACUUAUUAUUCCAAGAGUACAGCAGUGAUCUUGGAUAGUGAUCAGAGGCUAGAGGAAUUGUAACACAUCCUCUUAUCCUCCACUUCCAAACACCCACUCCCCUACUAGUCAAAAAAAAGACUGGUCUGGACCCCAUAUAAAGAUAAAGAAAUUAAGUUUAGCAAGCCUUACCACAAUAUGAGAUCAAUCUUUUCACUUUCACAAAGUGACUAAGAAUAGAGAGAUGUAAACUGUUGGAAAGUGACAUUACUCCUUAACAACACUUUACUGAGAAACAGUGGCAUGCAUACUGAAGAAUAGUACAUAGAUGUUAGGAUCUCACAUUCAAGACUCCAUAACAUGCCAUGAAAAUCCUCAGGCCUCACUGUUUUCAGUUCUAUUACUGAACAGAAUUGAGAAAUGUCUCUGUUUUCAUGCUACCGGCAUUAAAUACAUUCUGGUAUCUUACAUCACUCUUUUCAAGACAAAGAAGGUGUAUUUAAAUAACAUCAUAGAACUGUUUGUCCAAAUAAAUUAUAAAAUCAUUCUCUAAAUAUAUAUAUAGAAACAGUGACUGCAAUGAAAUAAUUUGCCUUCAUUGUUGUUACUGAGGAGUCCUCGUCUUCCUCUCACUAGCAAUAACGUGAAGCUACAAUUCUGCUCCAUCUACAGCAGUAAAGCAUGUUUAAAACCA